UUUAAAGUUAAUUAUAGGUUGGUUUUAAAUCUUUAAUCAAAUUAUGAGCAUAUUUUUCACCAUCGCAACCUUUGAGCGGGUUUGGGGUCAAUUUGGCUACUAGAGCUGAUAUUGACAAAUCUCACUUGGGCACUUCGCUGUUGCUCAUCACACUCUUCAGGAAACCGUGUCCAGUUCAAGUCAAAGUGUUAUAAACAGUGAUAACUACAAUAAAGCAUAGCACCGUUCUCCUCUCUCCUUUGUUGUUCGGUAUGUAAUCUCCCCUCUUAUGUUGUGGAAAGCAGGGUUCAGAUGGAUGAUACUUUUUGACAUAUAUAUGCACCUAAACAUAUGGGGCCAAGCGGCUUUCUGUGGAAUUUUACUAAAAAGUUUGUCACAUUUGGGCUCAUAUCUGUGACUGUGUCCGAUCGUUACAUGACUGUUGUUCCUGUUCGAGGUGGCUCUAUGUCUCCCACAUUCAAUCCUAAAACUCACUCUUUGAUGGGAGGUGUUUCUGUUGUUUGUGCUGCAGAUGACUAUGUCUUUGUUGAAAAAUUUUGCCUUCAGAAGUACAAGUUUUCACAUGGUGAUGUGGUGGUCUUUCGCUCCCCAUUGAAUCACAAGGAGACACACAUAAAGAGAAUAAUUGCAUUACCUGGUGAAUGGAUUGGCGCUCAUCAUAACUAUGAUGUGCUGAAGAUUCCAGAAGGACAUUGUUGGGUUGAGGGAGACAAUGCAGCUUCUAGCUUGGAUUCAAAAUCAUUUGGACCUAUUCCUUUGGCUCUCAUUCGAGGAAGGGUUACCCAUGUCGUGUGGCCUCCACAAAGAAUAGGAGCUGUCAAGAGUACUCCACCAGAAGGAUUAUCUCCUUCUAUAGUUGGAUCCUAAUGUUUUUGUGUGGCCUCCUCAAAGAAUAGGUGGCGAGAGAAGAACUACACAAGAAGUAUUUAUCUUCUGAUCUGUAUUAAUGUUGUUCCCUUGGGUGGGAAAAACCAUUCUUUAUUCAAUUUUGUCAUUGUGAAGAGGAGAGUGAGUAACCUAUUUGUUGAUUGGAUUAGUUGAGGCCUUGAAUCCUUCAAAUGUUGAUUACAUUCUGAGCUAGGUAACAUCCAAAGUUGAUACAAACAAGAUAAAUCAUAUCUUAAUUGCACCUUUUUAAGCAGAAAAGAUUAAGAUUGCAA